CGAGGCGAACUAGACGUUACGGUCCGUGCUCAUCGCCGAGGCAUUUCGGCGUUUCUAACCUUGUCCUGGCGCUGCGUGUCGCUCCCUUCGUUUGUACAGUGUAACGUAGUGUCGCGCAUCUUCUUUUCGCUCCUUUUUCUCGCGCUCGUUUUCAUUGUUAUCUGUGCCCGUUCAAGGUGAAUGGACAAACGGUGGACAUAGAAGGAACAGCUGACGCGGGGCCUAAUUCUUUCGAAUAUUCAACGGAGAAGACACUCCGGAUCCACAUAUAGGGUAUAACCCGUUUAAUGCCGUGGCCUACUGAAAACGGUGAACUUUAUGAGAACUUCGGUAGCCGACACCGAGGCGUUGCCAAGGUCACGAGGGAGGAGCUGAGGUCAUCGCAGCACCUAUGUUGUGCGGCGAACUCCUGAACGGUGGGUUCGUCAGUACCGGAUCGGUACCGGUGGUUCCCUACAGCCUCUUAGGAUUCUGGUUGCCCGGCUGUCUACGCGCUACCAGCCCCAGUUCUUUCAACUCGUCUUAUCUGACCCUGUUGGCCGAACUCCUGGCCACGGGCCACCCGGAUCUUCGAAGCGAGCUGAUGGACCUCGCGAAGAGGAGCCAUCAGGCUCCCACCAACGGCGCGGUCGACCUUGACCUCGACCUGCAAGCCGACGACAGCGACGAGAGCGUCUUUCUCGAGAACGGUCUGCUCUCGUUCGAGAAUCCCAAUUACCACUUAGAUCCUGCUCGACUGGACGACGCGUUGAACAGCAACGGGAAUGGCAGUUCCCUCUACGACGAGCUGUACCAGGAAUUGGUCGGCAGCGGCGACAGGAGCGGCGAAGUGACCGGCGGUGGUGGCGGUGGAGGCGGCGGAGGAGGCACGAGGGUGCAGGCACGCAGAACGUACGCCACGUUGGAUCUGGGCAGCAUGGGGGUUGACGUCACUCAAGGUCCCCUCACCCAGGACUCCGUCACAGAGGACGCGCCGGACAAUACGGACAACCAUAACCUAGGGUACGGCAGCGAGGGUGUUGCGGAAUCCGCUCUGGUCGACGACACCCUCAACGGAAAUCCUCGAUCGUCGUCGCCGUCGUCUUCCUCCUCGAUUCUGCCUCCCCUUCAGUCAGAAACCGCGGACUCGAUCGACGCUGCGGAUCUGUCCGGGUCGAGAAAUUAUUGCGAGAAACCGGAUAACGAGACGACUGAGAUGGGCGGCCUUCCGCGCGUCGAGGGUGGACUGAACAGCGAGUUGUACGCGGUCCCCGUGAAACGAAGGCAGCCCAAGGAUCAAAAGAACAAUGCCACUCAGCAGAACAAUGCCCAGGAGAAGCCGUCGGAGGUGGAUACCACCGACUCCGAGGACAAAGACGAGAAUCUGCCGCCUGGAUGGCAAAAACACGAGGAGAGUACCGAGUCUCGGGAAGUCGAUGAACGAUCGAAUUCUCUUUCAGACGAAAAUGGUCCCUAUUAUUGGCACGUAAAGAGCGGCAACAUACAAAGGGAACCUCCGGAAGCACCGCCGCACUCCAAGAGGGAGUCUCGCAGAAGCCUCAUUAAAGACAACGACAGCAUAAAUAAUUUCCACACUCUGAGCGGCAUGGUGAACACCGUGACCCGCAGCAACACGAGUUCUGCUCUGGACCAGGAGCUGGAGAACAAGAGAAAAGUGGAGCUGGCUCUCAAACGAAGAAGCUACCCGGCAAGAGCAGACUCCGAGGGCAGAGACAAGCCCAUCAGAUUCGCGGUGCGUUCGCUGGGCUGGACAGAGAUCGCCGAGGAGGAUCUGACGCCCGAGAGAAGCAGCAAGGCUGUCAACAAAUGCAUCGUGGACCUGUCGCUCGGCAGAAACGAUCUCCUGGACGUGGUCGGACGAUGGGGUGACGGCAAAGACCUGUUCAUGGACCUGGACGAGGGGGCUCUGAAGCUGAUAGACCCGGAGAACCUCACCGUGCUCAACACACAGCCGAUUCACACGGUCAGGGUGUGGGGUGUUGGCAGAGACCACUGCCGCGAAAGAGACUUUGCUUACGUGGCGAGAGACCGAUCGACCCGAAAACACAUGUGCCACGUGUUCCGUUGCGACAUACCGGCGCGCACGAUCGCGAACACGCUCCGGGACAUUUGCAAGAAGAUCAUGAUCGAGCGAUCGCAACACCAAAAUCUCGCGAAACCGGUGGACGUCAACGGGCGAACGAGCCUCGCCACCAGACCCACCAACUUGCCCACGGAGCAUCGACGUUUCCUUAGAAACGGACAAGCACUAGUCACGCAAUCGUUUCCCACGCCGAUGGAGGAGCCGAAAAAGGUGCUACGAGCGCAAUAUCUGGGAUCCAUGCAGGUUUCACAGGCGACCGGGAUGGAGGUCCUGAACGACGCGAUAGAUCAUAUCGUAACUAACACACCUAUCAAUCAAUGGCGAAACGUGAACGUGGCUGUCGCGCCCAGCAUGAUAUCCAUCCUGACGCCGAACGAGGACAAGCUGAUCACCGAGUGUCGAGUACGUUACUUGUCGUUCCUGGGCAUCGGUCAGAACGUGAAACAGUGCGCUUUCAUAAUGCACACCGCGCAAGAUCUCUUCAUCGCACACGUCUUCAACUGCGAGCCCAGCAGCGGGGCUCUUUGCAAAACCAUCGAAGCCGCCUGCAAGCUGAGGUACCAGAAAUGCUUAGACGCACACCCGCAGGGCUUCAGAAACGCCAGUAGCCUGAACACUCCGAGCGGACGAGGCCUCGGCGCUACCCUGAAGUCCCUGGUUGGCUCUCUGACUGGACGUAGAAAUAAGCAGGGUGAGUCCUGAGACGAGGCUCUCUCGCUGCAGGAACUGUGGCCGCUGCCUGCUGAGCGAGAGGUAAUCAGAUACAGACAUCUGCAGUCGCCCUUGACCUUGAAAUACUUCAGCGGAUCGCCUCCAAGCGCGUCCCUGAGGUCGCUCCUUUCGCCCUCUCUGGACAACAGGCGUAUUCAGCUAGCACGUUGGGAGAGCAAUCCCUAAAGCGGGACGGGACGUACAGCCACCCGAAACACGGGCAAAGAACGGAGAAACUAAGAGAGAUCAAUUCUUACCGGUUAACGACUGAAUCGUGAAUUCUGCAGAGUGCUAUACUAAUUACCACAGCUAUAGUGGACUACGCUUACGUGUGUCGAUAUGAUGUUAUGUAUGUUAAACGCAGUGUCCGACAAAAAUGAAAAGAUAAAAAAUAUAAUGUCGAGGGGAAUGGCGACGCGCUCGUGGACCAGACGCCACGAGAUCGGUAGGCAGGAUUUAUCCCCGUGAUCGAAGCGUCCCCCGGGCGAACCCGUACGCUCGUUCCCAGCCUCGUUCCACCCACGGUACCCUCCGAAAGAGGAGAUCCUGUAACCGUCGGUCGUGGAACGCGCCGAUCCAUCCGCGGAACGACGGAUGAUCGACGAGCCGAAGUGUAUCCCGCGUGAUCGGGACGAGUUAGGAAAGAGCGAAUUUGUAUAUACGGGAUGGUAAUUAUCGCGCUAAAUGUAGUAAAUUCGCUGGACUCAAAGGGGAGAUCCAGAAUGGAAUGAAAGGGGAACGGUGUGCCAGUGUUCGGAAUGAUUGACGUAGCGUUCUAGCGUAUCCACGAGGCAUUCGAAAGAUUAAGCAAAAUAAAUAAUAAUAAAAAAAAAAUUAACAAAAGCUAUAGGGAGCUUAAAUGUAUAACUUACGUGUGUAUUUCUCGGGUGUACAGAUUAGAGAAGCGAGACGAGGAUGACCAGGCCACACGAACCUAACACGCGAACACGUAUUUGUAGAGGACACGCAUAGAGAGAUAUCCACGCGACGGAAUACAUUUACACGCGUAUAAACACCACAUACACACACACCCACACACAAACAGACAAACGGACACACAGACAGGCAGGUAAUAGGGAGUUUAUUUUUUAUGGCGAACUAUAGAAGAGCUUGCACCUUGCGAAACGAAGGCGAUACGACGAAACGUUAGCGCGACCGUCCUUCGAAUCCACGGGGAAGAUGGGACCGAGCGACGAACGAACAUGCUAUCGAUCUUGACACGCAAUAAUACAAUAUUAUCGUACGCACAAUCGCUGUGCAAUAAACGCUAACGCCUACGCAAACGACUAUUACCUUGAUCGUUGGUCACGGUGAAACGUAUCGUUGCCAUCGGGACGCGCGUCGCUGAAAUAGAUCAUCGUCGCUGACCGCUGUCACCUGGAUGCUGCAACGUUCGACGAUAACGAAGUUGCACGAAACCAACAUCGAGUUUGUCUGUAGGGCUUAUUCAACCGCGGCAUUGUUCUCCGGGUCAACGGUACCAUCGUCGACGCUUCUUCUACGCGUGUAUCCUCCAGCAGGCUCGUAAUUAGCGCGUGCACGCAACGUCGAGCGCGCUUUGCACACCAGCAACGUCUAAACCAGCGUUCCUCAAACUAGAGUCUCGCUAAAAGGGGCAUACUAUAUCGUGGAAUAAGCAAAACGCUUCGUGCAACAUUUUACUCUUAUCAAAGAAGGUCUAACCUGAAGCUAUAAAAAUCGACGGUUCUUUACGAAUUCUUUUGUUGACGAUUCGUGUUUGCGCUCGAAGGAAUUUUCGUAUUCUCAUCUUUUCUUCGUUAGAAAAGUAUCGAGACGUAAAACAUAUUAUUGUACUGCAUCGGUAGGAGGAUCUAUUAGAACGGUUACGUACUUAUUUGUAUACUCCUCGAGAAUACGUUUCAAUUAAUUUUUGUUCGAAACAUCGUCCAUCCGAUUAAAAUUAAGUUCAUGGAAUUCAUGGUUUUAUCAACGUUUUGUACUUGCAUUCAUCACUUUUCAUUCUGCUUCUGUGAACAGUAAUAAAAGAUAGUAAAAUUUUAUGGAACUUCUUGUUUGUAAUGGGGCAGUGUUACUUGAGAUAAGUAUUUAAAUUGCUCUGCUUCCACGGGGGGAAGGUGAAGUUUGAGAAACACUGGUCUAAACAAUACAACGGAGUCAGAGACUCGGCCAUUCUUCGGAUCGGUCGACGGAAAUUGCGACACGUUUCCGCGCGUCACACUCGCGCGAGUAUCAUGUGCGACACGACAUCGACGACGCGAAGGGAACCGAUUUUACGAUCGUCGACGAGUGCUCGUCAACAUGCCUAAUGUCAAUCAGUAGCUUAGUUAUCGAUCCGCGAACCACCAUCGUGCGUCACUUUCCCUUCCGUUGAUUUUCUACCGAUAGCUGUUUAGGCACUUUGCACGCUGAACUCCCGCAGCGAUCGACGCGAAUUUUAUAGACGAGACGAGGACGAUUUGUCCGAUACCCGAUUAUUUUCGUACGAUAGUAGCGAACCGACGUCGCGCCCGCGUUGAAAAGGGUUGGAACGACUGCUGACGCAAAUGGGUAUCGACAUCUUCGAAGAUCCCCGGUCGAUAUCCGGUUCUUUCGUUCGUUGGAUCGCGAAUACGCCUUUCGGGCAGAGGCGAACGACUUUGGCCGCUCGAGGCCACCGAACCAUCCCCAGUUUGUAACUCGGUGGUCAUUGAAACUUAAAACUUUCGGCCUGAUCAUCAAAUACACGAUAUUAAAACUCAUAUUCUAUCUAGAGAAAAAACAAUAUUUAAUCGUUAAUACUUGUCACUAUAAUGGCGACCAGGUGUAUACAAACGUUUCUCUAAUAUUCUCUCGCCUCGAGCAGCCAAAAUGUUUCGCCUCGACCGAACCACGAAGAAAGCACUCUCUGGCUGACCGUCUAUAAGCUUCCAUAUGCUAUUGGCAAUCAGUGAUUUGGAUGUGCAAUCAUAGCUCCCGCGCUACCAACAGUAAUCGACGCCAGUUAGAACAACGAUCGCAGCGAUCGAAAAAGGAGUGGAAAAAGAAAAACAGAACGAAACAAAGAGCAACGAAACGGACGGGAAGCUACCAAACGUCGAGGUUUCUCCGUGGGGGAGGGGGGGUUUUUCUUUAGAAGCGGAACCUCGUCCGAUCGAGGACGGUCACGUCGUGGGAGCCAUCGUAAUUGCGAAUGAUACAAAGUUGCGCGGGACCCAGAACGAAGAGAUAUUUCUAUGUAGUGUUUAAAUAAGAAAGGGUGGCGAAAGGUAGACGGACUUGAAUGGAUAGUGCGCGUGAGAGGGUAAAAGGAACUGUGUGCGUGGGGUUUAGGUGCUUGAAGAGGGAAUCCCCUUGCGAGAUUGUGUCUAGAUGAGGAUGUAGCCGGGAGAUAGAGCGGCGAAGAUGGAUCAUUAUUUGUACAUAUAUAGGCGUUACGAGGAUCAGCCGCCUUUUACGCCUCGUCCCUUUGGCUGACAAGGUACGAACCCGAUCUGUCCUUCUCCGAUCUUCGAUGUCCGACAGAUCGAGUCCUUGCUUGGUGAGUGUUGCCUCGAAAGGGAACGUCCUCGGGGAUACGGCGGGGAAGUUUCCUUUCGUUCAGCCGCUUUCGGAUUUCCUUUCACCGGUGUCAUUUUUUUCUCUCUUUUUUUUGCGUUCCUUCCGUUUGAAUCUGGUCAGUCUCAAUCUCUACGCGGGUAGGCUUGAGAACCGUGUCACGAACAAUAAGAUUAAACGAAAGGUCGCGCGACGAGGCCUCCCGUGCGACCCGCGCUCGCGCACCGAACCGACGUUCUCCUCGCCGACGCGAUAUAUUGCUUUGAUAAUACACGCGUAAUUGAAUUUGUAUCGACGUCUGGUCGAACGGUGGCGAACGGGGGUGGCGCGCUACAGCCUCGAGACAGCGUUGGUGUGGAUGUAAAUAUUAUAUACACGUGCGUAGAAACGUAAGAAGACUAACAAAGUGGAGGAGUACGGGAGUCGAGACACAUUACGCUGAAAACACGUACACGCGCGGAAAGAGAGAACAUACACACACGAAGAUACGGACACGGACACGGACACGUACACGUACACGUACAUACAUUCACGAAUUUGCGCGUAGCUUAACUGUCUCCUUAAUAUAGGUGUUUGACGCGUCGCCGGAAAGGGGACACGAGACCAUCGAUAGAACGAAGAAGCUACCAACGGGGGUUGAAAGAGGUAAAGGAGGGUAAAGGAGAAGGGAAGCCACUUGUAACUGACAUAGAAUAGAGCAAACCUAACUAUAUUUACUGUGACAUGUAAUAUCCUUAAUGA